AUGAGGCUGUAUGGGGUACUGUAGUAUAAAAUGCACAUUAUAUUCAGUCAGUGGAGGAUCAGUCAGAGAAGGAAUAGACACAGCCCUCUAUCCAUCUGAACAAAUAGAUAUUUUCUGAGCUCACUCAACAGCAAACUAUUAUUAUUUAAUAAAAAUAUAUAUUUCUGAAGUAAAAUAGGCUUAUUUGAAUACAGCUUUGUCUGGAAUCAUUACCCUCAAUGGAUAUUUGGAAAUUCCAGCUGGUAAUAGUUACCCUGUAUUCCCUGGUGUAUACAUGUCAGGGAUUGUCUUUUAGUGUUGACAAGGAACACUGGGUAUCCAAAGACUGGCAGCCACUGGAGAAGAGGUUGGCCAGCCAAGUGGCUAGUCUGAUUAAGAGAUCUAAAGCCCAUCAGUUCUACGGGCUCAUGGGCAAACGCUCAGAUGAUCAGCCGCAGCCUAUUGGAGUGAAUAGAAGACGAGAUAAAGGGGAGAUGUUUGUUGGACUUAUGGGAAGAAGAGCAUCAAGUGGGGAAUCGCUCACAAGAAUCAUUCCAGAUGCUACAAGCACUGCGAUCGAUAUCGCCGAAGGAUCACACACACAACCAGGUAUUUCUUCCACAUUGAUGUUAUGGUUAAAACCUGAGAGCACUUUGUAACAUUGUAAUGUAGUUUGCACAGUAAAACAUUUGAAACUGUUAAAUAUACAUGUUAAACCUGUAUUUAUGAUGACUAAAUGCAAACCAAACAUUUUAACUGGUAUUCUGUACUAUUUGUACUUCUUCACUUGGCAGAUUCACAAGAGGCAUGGGACCAACUCCUGUAUGACUACAGCUAAUAAAAAAGAUUCAGAUUUGAAUGUUUACAUCAUCUAUAUACAAUGUUGAUAUCAACGCAUAAAAAAAAA